ACUAUUGGGAAAUCAAUAAGUUAUUUCUUGCAGCUGACUUUUAGUUUUUUGGUUCUUUUGUUAAGCUGCAAUUUGAGCAAAUUACAUCAUUGCAUACGUAAACCCAGUUACAAGAAAGCCACAACAACGUCCCACAAAUCGUUAUCACAAACAUGAGCGAUCGUCGCCUGGAAUUGGAAAGCGAAAGAUACACGACGUUUGUAGGGUGGCCCACAAAUGCGCCUGUCCAAAUUGAGGAUUUGGUAAAGAAUGGCUUUUUUGCCACUGGCAACUGGCUGGAGGCCGAAUGCAACUGGUGUCACAUACGAAUCGAUCACUGGGAGUACGGGGAUCAGGUAGCGGAAAGACAUCGACGCGCUUCACCUAUUUGUUCAAUGGUAUUGGCUCCCAAUCACUGCGGGAAUGUGCCACUGGAAACAGUGACCACUGGAAGCGAGACGAACGACUGCGAGGGAAACAGUGUCGUUGAUGGUGGCACAAGGGAGCGGGGACAGUGCACUGAUCCAGAUAUGCUCAUAGAAUCGAAUCGACUGGAAACGUUCAAGGAUUGGCCCAAUCCGAACAUUACGCCACAAGCUUUGGCCAAGGCGGGUUUCUACUAUCUGAAUCAAUUGGAUCACGUUAAGUGCGUGUGGUGCAAGGGCGUCAUUGCACAGUGGGAGAAAAACGAUAAUGCCUUUGAUGAGCACCGUCGCUUCUUUCCCAACUGCCCGCGAGUCCAGAUGGGUCCACUGAUUGAGAUCACUGGCAAGAAUAUGGAGGAACUCGGCAUUCAACCAACAACGCUACCGCAACGUCCCAAAUAUUCUUGCAUGGAGACACGACUUCGGACAUUUAGUGACUGGCCAAUUCCCAACAUACAGCCUGCUGAGCCGCUGGCACAGGCGGGUCUGUUUUACCAAAAGAUCGAUGACCAGGUGCGCUGCUUUCAUUGUAAUAUCGGACUACGCUCCUGGCAGAAGGAGGAUGAGCCAUGGCAUGAGCACGCCAAGUGGUCGCCCAAAUGUCAAUAUGUAUUACUCGCCAAGGGUCCAAACUAUGUGCGCCAGGUGCGUGAAUCGGCCACAACAUCAUUGACAGCCCCAACAGCUCCACAGCUGCCAACGAGCAUUGACAGCGCCAUGUCAGCGUCGCCAGCCUGUGAAGCUCUAGCGCUUGGGAUCGAUGUUGGUGCUGUGCGCAACACGAUUGCCAGGAAACUGUCCAGUUCGGGUUGUGCCUUUGAUACACUGGAUGACUUGUUGCAUGCAAUAUUCGAUGAUGCUGGCACUGGUGCCGCACUGGAGGUAACAGAACCGCUUUCUUGCUCAUCAUCUGCUACGGCGCCAACUGCGCCUGUGGAUUGCUCAGCGACAACGAGUAAAGCGGCAAUCUCGGAGACACACAACACAACAGGAACAACAAUAAAAACAGCAGCAGCAAUGACAACACCAUCUGUGGCACCACCUGCCUUGGUGUGCGACUCGAAUCCCAAUGGCAAUCUGACGCUGGAGGAGGAGAAUCGACUGUUGAAGGAUGCACGCCUGUGCAAGGUCUGUUUGGAUGAAGAGGUCGGUGUUGUAUUCCUACCCUGCGGACACUUGGCCACUUGUAAUCAGUGCGCUCCCAGCGUGGCAAAUUGUCCCAUGUGUCGUGCGGAUAUCAAGGGAUAUGUUCGCACGUUUCUCUCUUGAAGCAAUGCAUCCAAUUGAAAGACCCUAGCAUUAUAAUAAUAUUAACUGUCUACUAUGUACUUGUACCGCCUAAGCAACUGGGGGCGGUGGGCGUGUCUGUCUAUCAGCUGAUCUUUAAUAUCGUUUACUAACUGAUAGCUAACGCGAUUUUAAAUUGUUACUAACCUCUGCUGUAUCGAAUGUGUAAACGUAUUAUGUGAGUUUUUAUUAAGUGUAUCUAUCAACUGUUUACUAUCUGACAAAUGAAACCCUUGCAGGCACAUAGGGAUAUAGCUAUCUAUCUAAUAGAUUUAUUGACUAUUCUAACAAAAUCGAAUCUGAGUUCAUUUUUCUCUUAUAAAUUGCAAGUUUUAACACUCAAAAUUUUAUUAUUUGCUACACUCAACAUUGUAUUAUCAUUGUUUUUAAACAUAUCAGAUAUUUAUUGGCUGCCAGAUUCGAUUUUCGCCUUAUUUACAGCACCUGCAAGGGUAUUUUUAGACUUCGGCUGCGCCGGAGGCACAUAGCUGUCCAUUUCUUGUUAUUGAAUGUGUUAUUAGGCCGCUGAUUUAAUGGAGUACACAAUAAUUGAAAUUACACAUACAAAAUAAAUAAAUAUAUAUGUACAUGUUGAAAA